UCACACUGAGAGAACGGAAACUGAACGGUGUCAAAGCAGGCUGCCAGAAGUCAAACGGUCAUCAGAGAGGAGACGGCGCACGGCACAGCGACACUGAAUCAAAUGAUGCUCAAGUAACCUACUCGCGUUCACCUGAUAAUAACUGCCAAUCUCGACUGUUCUUCUAAGAUGAGGUGGUGUUAGCAUAACUUUAUUAACAUUAUGUCUGAGCCCGACCAGGAGAUUCAAGAAUGGCUCACGACGCUCCACCUCUCUCAGUAUUACACCUACUUUGUCCAUGGAGGCUACCAUACUCUAGAAGACUGCAAAGACCUCACAGAUGACCACCUUCAGGAACUCGGAGUCUUUCCCACUGGUCACCGCAGACGCAUUCUCCGCAGUUUGGAAGCUCUAGGAGUAGUGCUGAGCGAAGACGAGGAUAAUGAGGAAGGACAGCUUGGGAGAAAGCCAGUACCAAAUCCCAGACACAUAUUUAGGGAUAUAAAGAGGGGAGCUUCUUGUCUGCAUUCCCAAACGAGCGAGAAAAAGGAGCUAGAUUUGAAAGGGAGUGCAACUUUGCCGGCCGGUGCAGGUUUAGGAAGAGUAAGUGAGGAAGAUGAAACCAAGCUUGUACCACCACAACCAGCGCCAAGAAAGCCUGAAAAUAUUGGACUCUCCUACGCCCCCUGUCUGCCGUCUUCAUCGGGCAGUAGCAGUGAGUCCCUCUCCAUCUCUGAAAUGCCAUCGGACUGGGAAAUAACAUCGGAAAACGCCCAUCUUCCCGAAGUGAGCCAAGCGUUGUCAGAAGAAGGUUUUCUGUGUGAAAUGGUGGAGAACUCAAUUUAUGAAUGUGGUGAAAAUGUGUUGGCUCAAGGUCCCCGCCUGACGCGCUCCUAUCGCCUCAGGCACCGGCCGGUCCCUGAGAUCCCCAAUGUCAUUCUCCCAGAACUCAUACAGGACAGGAGCGCACCACUGACGCAAGCUCCAAGCCCCGAACACAUAACGGGCUCCGAGGGUCCCACCGGUGCAAACGGCAUACAGAAAGCUCCACUUGAAAAAACCUUGACGCCGAUUGUUCCCUACGGAGAGACGUUUCUGUUCAAUAAACCUGAUGCCCCGGACCAAGGUGAUAAAGAAGGGGAGCAGAAGGGUUUAAAAGACAAGAUAAAGCCAAAUAAACUAAGGAAAAAAUCACCAAAACCAAAAGAAACAAAAGACAAAGAUUCUUCUCCUCCUCCUCCUGUCCCUGAACACGAUUUGGACGACUAUUCAACAGUAGAAGAAUGUGCUGUGAUACUGGCCCAUUCUGGUCUGGACCAUGCUGUGAUGGGGACCAGUGAAGACCCCAGUGCUCCUCAGGAUGACUCGAUGUUGACAGUGGAGUGUGAUCUAUACACUCGGGCUGGAGAUAUUGUAGGAGGGGCAAAUAACAACCCGCCUCUGCCUGAUAUUUCUCCUUACGCCUGCUACUAUGGGGCCCCCAGACGUGAGGUGUUCAAGGCUGGUUGGCUCGACAAGCUGUCACCUCAGGGAAAACGCGUUUUUCAAAGAAGAUGGGUGCGGUUUGAUGGAGAGUCUCUGGCCUACUAUAACAAUGAAAAGGAGAUGUACUCCAAAGGCAUGAUUCUGACCAGCACGAUCCGGCAGGUGCGGGGCCUGGGAGAGAACAAGUUUGAAGUGGUCACUGCCCUCCGGACCUUCAUUUUUCGAGCGGACAAAGAAGGGGAGCGCCAGGAGUGGAUAGAAACUCUUCAGACGUCCACGAGCCCCCCGCCGGCAGCUCCCACCAGCGCCCCGCCCCCCUCGCCCCCCCACACAAACAGGCUGGGAGCUCUGGAGCUGCGCGGAUACAAAGGCAGAGUGGUGGUGUCCCUGAUGGGGAGCAAAGUCAGGCUCUGCAAAACAGAACAGGACUUUAAAGCUGGUCUCGGUAUCGCUGAAGUAGAACUGACAGCUGCCCAUAUAAAGGACCUGGAUCGAAGGAGCUUUGAGAUCAACACGCCCUUCAAAAACUUUUGCUUCACAGCAGAGUCGGAGAAGGAGAAAGAGGGGUGGAUUGAAGCAGUCCAGGAAUCGAUCUCCGAGACACUUUCCGACUACGAAGUGGCGGAGAAGAUCUGGUUCAACGAGGCCAACCGGAGCUGCGCAGACUGCAGGGCGCCGCAGCCGGAGUGGGCGUCGGUCAACCUGGGCGUGGUCAUCUGUAAGAAGUGUGCAGGGCAGCACCGCUCCCUCGGCCCCAGUAUAUCCAAGGUCCGCAGCGUGAAACUGGACAGCAGCAUCUGGAGUAAUGAGCUGGUGGAGUUGUUCCUGGAGGUAGGGAACCAGAGAGCCAACAGUUUUUGGGCGGCUAACCUCCCCGCUGAGGAGGAACUCUACAUUGGUGCAUCGGCUGAGCUGAGAGCCACCUUCGUCCGCAGGAAGUACAGAGAAAGGAAGUACUGCAGACUGGAGGAGUACGACACCAUGGAGCAACUCAACCAGGCCCUGUGUGCUGCUGUGGUCCUCCCUGAUGUCCUGACCACAAUGAGUCUGGUGUUUAGUGGAGCUGACGUCAUGUGCGCCACAGGAGACCCCGCCCACUCCACGCCGUACCUGCUUGCCCAGCGCGCCGGACAGAAGGUGCAGAUGGAGUUUCUACAUCAGAACAAACUCUCAGAUUUCCCCAGACUGGAGCAGUGCUCAGACUACGCCUUGCCCUCAGACUCCUCUCCCUUCAUGGAUGGCUUCCUCUACAUCGGCUCCGGCUCGCACAAGACCUCCACCGUGGACCGCCAACGCCGCGACGACCUGGUGAGGCGCUGGUGCACUCUGGAGGGGGGCUUUCUGAGUUACUAUGAGAGCGAGAGGAGCCCGACGGCGCUGGGCAGAGUGGACAUCGCAGAGGUGGUCAGUGUGGCGGUCAGCAACACAGAGACCAUGACUGGAGCUGGGGCUGUGUUCACUGUGGAGCUGUAUUUGAAAACUGAGCGAGUUGUGAUUUUUGGUGCCGAAACUCAAGAAACUCAACGUGACUGGACCAAGGCUCUGACCAAGGGCUUUGUGCCAUUCAAAGUGGAAAGCAUGAUACAGAAGGAGAGCGAGCUGAUUGGACGGCUGUACUUUAAAGAAGGUCAUGACCUCUACCACUGGAGACUGGGCUGGUUUGUGCUGGAGGGAUCCAAUCUGCGCUUCUGUCCUGCAGGAGAGGAGGAAGAGGAAGAUGUACUGCAGCUCAAACAACUCCAGGAACUUACUGUCUCCACUCACACAGAAGGUGAAGAGAAGAUCCAGGUGCUCCUCAUGGUGCAGGGUCGCAGAACCGUCUACAUCCACGGGUACAACCGGACAGAUUUUGCCCUGUGGCACUCUGCCAUCAUGCUCGCCGCGGGCACUGACGGAAAAGCACUCGGCGACCAGCAGCUCACCAAGAACGGGGUGCCCAUUGUUGUGGACAGCUGCAUCGCUUUUGUCACCCAGUAUGGCCUCUGUCAGGAGGGGGUCUAUCAGAGUCCAGGCGACCCCGACCAUAGCGCCGCCCUGCUGGACCAGUUCACACGCGACGCUCGCAACGUGAAACUGAGAGAGAAGCAGCACCAGCUGGAAGAUGUGACAGAAACCCUCAAGAGCUUCUUAGCACACGCUGAGGACGCUCUGCUGACCAAGGAGCUCUACCCCUACUGGGUCUCUGUGCUGGACGAGCCUAAUGAAAAGCAAAGGGUGAAGAAGUACUCCACUUUGAUCGAGAGCCUGCCAAAGAUAAACAGGUCAACGCUUGAAGCUCUCCUGCAGCAUCUGUACAGGAUCCACCACUGUUCCCAUUUAAACCAGAUGCCCAGUAAGAAGCUGGCCUCGGUCUUCUCGUCCUGCCUGUUCCAGACCCAAGGACAGACCCCAGAGGAAGUCCGAGUGGUCCACGAUCUCAUCAACAACUACAUCACACUGUUUGGGGUCAACGUGGAGCAGGUGGAGCAGAUGGAGAGAGAGAACCGCUUCAUCACGCGCUGGAACGACAAGAAGGACGCCACGUUUGCUCCAGCUGGGGACUUGAUCUUCGAAGUUUACCUGGAAAAGAAAGCGCCAGAGAACUGCUGUUUAAUCAAGUUGUCUCCGAGUAUGAGGGCUUCAGAGGUGGCAGAAACAGCUCUCAACAUGAAGAACAUCACUGUCAACGCCCAAGACCUGUGGACUACAUUUGAAGUCAUCGAGCAUGGAGAGAUGGAGCGGCCGCUGCACCACAGUGAGAAGGUUCUGGAGCAGGUCCUGGAGUGGAGCUCGCUGGAGUACCCCAGCUCUGCCUUCCUGGUCAUCAAGAAGUUCUCUGCAGCCAAAAGAACUGCUGAGGGGAAAGACCAGAAGAUGCUCAUUAGAGGAGACUACCUAAAGUUCAAUGACGGAUCGUGCAAAUUGCUGUCGGGCCAUAAAUUCCAGGACAAAUACGUGGCCCUGCGCGCGGAGAAACUGCUGCUCUACAGAGAUAUCAAAAGCACUAAAGCAGAGAAGGCCGUCCUGCUCAAGUCUGUGAAAUGCUAUCUGGGUCUGAAGAAGAAGCUCAAAGCCCCAAACAGUUGGGGCUUCACGGUCUACACAGAUAAACAACAAUGGCACUUUUGCUGUGAGAAGAGGGAAGUGCAGGUGAGCUGGGUGGCAGACAUCAUCAGGACGAAGUUUGGCUCCGAUAUCUGUUUGACGACCAGUACUUCAAAUGCACCCACAAUCAAGGCUUCCACUCUGGGACCUGGGACCACACUACUUAGCAACAACUCUAGUAAACAGCUGACAGAUAAGGCGAUCGGUGUUGGCGAGGGCAGCUCCGCCAAGUCCGCUAAGGUUGCCAGCAUUCAGCAAAAGACCAGUACCAUCACCAACUGCUUAAGGCACGUGGACAUGUUCAAACCGCCGGAUGCCCAACAACGAAGGACCUCACUGGAUUCGGGCCAAAGUCAGCCGCCCGCCUCCAUCUCGCCAGGCUCACUUUUGGCCCAGAGCGGGUACAAAAACACAGGUAAAAAAUCCUCUUUAGGAGGAGAUGCCAAGAUGCACGCCAGUCUUCUCAAUGAACUCAACUCGGUGCUGAGUAAAACUGGACGCAGCGCAAAGAACAGUGAGUGACUGUGAUCGAGGGGUGAAGGAAGAAGGAGGAAGAAAGAGUGGCCAUUUUGAAUAUUGGGAACAUAUUAAAAUGCAUAUGACAGGUUUUGAUGAUUCUCUCAUUUUGAUUUAAUUUGGUGCGAUAAUAUAAAUUAUAGUUUUAAACAAAUCAAAAAGAAAAUGUGAAGAAAAGUUGAAAAAUAUGUUGAAAAUUAUAAAAAGUAAAGCUCUAUUUUAGACAAUACCAUAUUGAUAUCCAAAAAUUCAGCACACAAACAAAUUUUUUCAGAUACUUUAACAUCAUUUCAACAAAACAAAAGUAUUUUCAAAUUCAUUUUAUUUGUUUUAUAAUAAUUUCUGUGUACAUAGAGAACUUUUAAGACCAUUGUGUAACAUGGUUGCUAGGAAACUCUUAGUGUGAUGUCAUGAUUUCCAACCAGGAAGUAAAAUUUUAAACCUAAAAAAGUCCAAAAUGGGAAAUUAAUUUUACAAUUUUUAGCCAGCUCUUAAAUGACCUUUAGUAAAACGACUAGUCAAACCUGUCAUAGGCACUUUAAAGAUUGAUAUGGAGAUAGGAGACAGGGUCGGAGCUUCGGAGCGGCGUUCAUAUGAAAUCCUGGAGGGCGAGGAGAGUGUGGGAAACAAGAGUGAGAGACGCCCAAGGUCACGCAGGCCUCAGCUGGACAUGGCGCUUACCAAAGCACUACAAAAGCACCUGAUUUAUACAGAGCUCAGAGAAUGAUACAGAAAUAGUGCUGUCUUUGCUUAGCUCAGAUCUUUCUGGAAAUAAACCUGCUUAUUUUAGCUGGACUUUCUAUUCUCUUAUACAGUAAAGCAACGACUGCUUAUUUCAUAUGCUGUUCAUUUGUAAAAUGGUUGAAAUCUGCAAAGAAAUGUUGUUGUGUACAUUGUAUUUUAUGUAAAUAAAUGACAGAUGAUAUAUAUUUUA